AUGCUGGGAUUUUCACAGAAAAUGUGGCGUUGGGCCAGCUCACCAAGCAAUGGCAAGAGGUUCCACUUUCUGAGCUUCGCAGGCGGCAAGCUGAUCUCCGAGAGCGGUGGGAACAUUCGAGUGCUUUUCAGAUGUGGUUUGAUGCAUGGCACCUUUUGGAUGGGUUUGGCAAAUUGCACCUUCUGGAUAGAACUUUACGAUAUGAUCGGAAGUUUGGACUGGAUAUGCUACAUGCUGUGUACCUGUAUCAGCCUGGAUGCCUGCACACCCUGGAUUGAAGAGGAGGGCAAACGAACACUCAGGGGGGCAGCGCGACUCUGCCGCCAUGGCUGGCACUCGGCCCCUACUCUUGGCAUGGAGCAGGCACUUUGGAUGUGUGUCAUCCCUGUGGCUACUGCCUGCAUGGGGCUCAGCCUUCUCCUCUGUGUGAUUAACACCAGCAUGGAACAGGUGACAUGGCCGACGAUAAGUCUGCCUUCACGACAGAUAGCGUGCCCCAGACAUGUUCUGACACCACGGCUGUUUUCACACUGUUGCGGAUGUGCAGUGCAAGUGCUGUUGCAAUCUGUGUCCGGUGCUCAAACGACUCGUCCCGCACAGUGGGCUCAAAAGAUUUGGGCUGGUGUCUCGCAGGUCGGUCACGGCGGCACGACCAUGGACAACUCCAAUGCCUCCACUGCUACAGCAGAUGAUGCAACGAGUGCUGCGGAAGAGACCGUGGUGUUGCCGGCCUCCUCUGCACCUAGGGGGCCGCCGCCCCCGACACCGGUGCAGUUCCACUAUGCGGAGCGCUCCUUGUCGCAGCACCUCUCGUCGGACAUCGCGAACUCGCUCCGUACUCGGGGACAAUCUUCGAUGGCCAUCCUCACUGUGUGUGACGCCACAAUUCGCCACACAGGCAACGUUGGCUUCAUCAAGGUCCUGAUCACCAAGAUGGAGCCCAUUGAUGCCGAGCACCCCUUCACCUUGUACACCGGGGACUCGGCUGAGGAUGAGGAUGCCGAGGAUGCGGAGCACAUGGAGCACAUGGAGCCUACGGCAGGGACUACCACAACGGACCUGGGGAGUGGCGUCACCCCACCCUCUCCACCCUCCUUGACGACAGCAGUCACCGCGGAGGAAGCGAAUGCCUCUUUGCGGGCCCAUCUCAAUGAGGAGGAGCUGGCUGCCUUGGCUGCACUUCCAUCCCCGAACAGGCCUCCACGAGGACCGAUGCACGGCAGCACCAGGGUGAGUGGAACGAUAGACACGAGAGCCGGACCCAACAUGCAGAACAACAAUGCCAGUGGCUCUUCCUCUAGCCGACCACCGCCUGGCCGUACCCUGACCGCCGUUGCUAAGCCCCAGACGGAAUCCAGUGCCAAUCGGAAGUGGGGACCUUAUUUGUCGGAUGCCGUUGCCGAUGUUAUGCACCCCCUGCAGUCUUUCGCUCCCACACCUUGCUGGUACUCAGGCGACAUGGGCCUCGUCCUCUACGACCUCACCCAGCACCAUCAACUACAGGGAGCCGCCUGGGAUACCUUCCUGGGACCUCGGGUCCCAAAUCAGGAUCGCUGCAACAACACACACGACGUCCCGCAAAUGACGGCCUACCUGUCCGACAGGAAACUGGAGGACUCCGAGUAUGUAGCGACCCUGGAAGGCUCCAAACCGCUCAGGUGGCAUGCUAUUCACAGCGCAGGUCGAGGUCACGAUGGUAUCUUGUGCCUAGUCCGUGAGGAUCUCAUUUCUUCCGACAAUCUCCGCUACCACGUGGUGGAGCCAGGCCGGCUGUUGCACGUGAGGAUUCUCUUUACUGUACGGUUAGAUGUCCUCUGCAUUUAUCAAUGGGCAUGGAAUCCGGGGAAAGCAGAGCUCAAUGGGAAAAACCGGCAGGAAGAGAUGUUGCGACAACGACGUCACAUUUGGCACCGCAUUGCUAAGUGGAUAGAGUCCAUCCCUCAACGCUGCACCUGUUUACUCGCUGGUGAUUUCAAUUGCUCGCUACUCCCGGAACCAGCCCUUUGCGGUAAGGGAGUGGUCACCACACAUGGAGGACAUCCAGAUCAGGACACCUUCCAAGAACUGGUGCGUGCCCAUCGAUGCUGUGCUCUUAACACAUGGUCCGCUUCAGGACUCUUGGCCAGGACAUAUGUCCCGCCGAAUGCUACACCUCAGCAGGGAUCCCAGAUUGACUACAUCCUUGUUCGCGGCACGACGACGGACCCCACUGCCAAGAAAGCCCAGCCAUUCCUUACUGAGUUUGCGACCAUGCACUGGGACCCGGCAACAUCGACUAGCCCCGCUCUCCGCGACGAGACUAAGAAAGGUGUGGAGGAUUGGAACUUUGAUGCUUUGAUCCUUGCAGGGUGGAAACGAGCUGUCGCCAACCAGUCCUCCCAAAAGGAGGCCCACAGGCCAGCCCAACAGCGUGAUCCCGACACACUGACGGCGCAGGUCCAAACAUUGUGGGCACAAAGGGCAGCUCUUCGACAGGCGGGCCGGCUGUUACAUGUCUGGAGCAGACGAGGACCCUCCUUGCGACACAGCUUCCAGGUCUGGGCGUGUGCCGCCCGACUCCAGGCACACACUCGAGCUCUACGGAAAGCCUGCCGCCACAAGAAAACGGAGAAGGUGGCCGAGGCCGUCCAGGCCACUAACAUCCACCAGGCUGCCAAACGGUUUGCCCCGAAGAUGCCCAAACGUAGGAUCCAACUCCGCCGAGAACAUGGUGGUUUGCAGACCCACGAGGCUGAAUUCCGACAAAUUGUUCAGCACUUCACGUCUUUGUACCAUGCUGCAGAUAUGGAACCACCCCAGCUGUCAGCAGAUCUGUGUAUCGAAGGGGUGGAGAUUGACAGUGCCCUGUGCCGCCUACAACCUGGCAAGGCCAUGCCGUCCUGCAAUGCUCCGGCUGCAUUGUGGAAGCGUUUUCGGCAGGACCUGGUUCCAUUGCUACAGCGGCAAUUCGCAUGGCACCUCCGGCCUGGAGUCAGCAACCUCCCAGAAGCCUGGACCCUAUGUGAACUGGUGCUAUUGCCCAAGCCAGGCAAACCAUUGAAGUCUCCUGCCCAUCUUCGGCCAAUUUCGCUUUUGGCACCCGAGGCCAAGAUACUGGCCUCGAUUGUGGCACAGCGGCUCAAGGAGCCCGCCAAGGCAUACCUUGCCUCACUCCCGCAGUUCGCUUAUGUGGAGGGACGCACCUUACAGCAAGCACUUGAACGGGUACUUGGACACUGCGCUCAGGUCAGAGGACUUGUGCAAGGCAACACCCGCAAUAUUCACAACAAGCGCUCGGGCAGGACCAGCCUGAGCCUUUACGGCGGAUGUCAAUUGUCCUUAGAUCUGACGUCGGCAUAUGAUCUGGUACAAUGGCCCCUGCUGAGGCUGGCCCUAGUCGAUGCAGCCAUCCCGGAGCCACUCAUACAGCUCAUCAUGCUGGUUCAUCACUCAGCGAAAUUGGCCCUGCAACACUGUGGGUUGCAGCAAACAGUCUCCCUCAAAAGGGGGUUGAGACAAGGUUGCAGCUUGUCGCCCACGCUGUGGGCCAUCUUCUCGGGCUGGAUGCUUAAGCGGAUGCAUGACCCUCAGCUUUUGAAUGUCUAUGAGACAAAUACAAGCUACGCAGACGACCAGCGCUAUCGAUGGACCAUUCGCGAAGGCAAAGACCUCGAGGCUGCCUAUGCUGGGAUGAAGCAUGUACUGGCCUGCCUCCUCAGCGUUGGCAUGAUCAUCAGUCAGGAUAAAACUGUAGUCAUCCUGGAGGUGCAGGGCACUCAAGCAGCCCGAGCUUUGGCUCGAUAUACCGUCGAACGACCCCAAGGCAAGUGCUUUCGAUUCGUCAUUGCUGAUCAAACUCUGUACCUCAAGAUCGUGCCUAAGCAUGUGUACCUGGGAGCGGUGGUUGGCUUCCGGCACUUCGAACAGGACACCUUCAAGCACAGAUUAUCUUUGGCAAGGUGCACUUUUUCCAGGCUGGGGGUGAUACUUCGCAACCGUGGAGUGCCCCUACGACUUCGCCUGCAACUUUGGCAGGGAUGCAUCUGGCCGGCCCUCUUCCAUGCUCUGGACUGCACAGGGCUCCCUCAGAAGGAGCUCCAAACCCUACAGACACAGCUCAUAAAACAGGCCCGUGCCAUUGCCAAAUCUCACAGCAUGCUGACAAAGGAGACCAAUCACGACUUCAUUCGGCGACUCCGUCUCCCAGACCCAGUGCAGCGGCUUCAGCAAGCCCUCAUGCAGCGUGUGGCCCUGGAUGAAACUCUCUCCCCGGUCCUGGCCCCUGGCCCAGGUCAACUGCAGUGGCGGGCAAUUGUGAGAGGGCAUCUCUUUGAUGGACGGAAUGAGUGGACUCUACCUGACACAAUUGUCUCCGCCCCAACUACCACCCCCGCGGCCCGACUAGAAGAGGUUCAGGAAGUUCUCUCCGAAAUCUUCAAGUGUGACGAUUGUGGACAGGAGUUUGCCACUCAAGCUGCUCUCCGUCGGCAUGUGUUCUUGACGCAUCUUAGCCAGCAGCAACAACAGGAUAGGACUGAGGAAGUCAAGGAGUCCAUUAAGGGCGCGGAAAUGGCACAUGCUCUUGACGGAAUGCCUAAAUGCAAGCAUUGCCUGCAUGCUUUUAGCACGUGGCAUGCCUUCCAUUAUCACAUCAACUCCAAGAGCUGUGCUGCCCUCAGAGCCUUGUCCCAGAACCCAGAGGCUCAGGCUAGCAUCUUGCCAGAGAUCACGGAGGCCUUGAUCGCGCUUUGCACUGCCAUGUUCGACAACAUGCUGAUGCGACCCGAGCAGUCCAUCCCCUCGGAAUUGACGGCAGCCACCCACGAGCUGAGUCUUCUACGAAACCUUGUGAACCAGCAAGCAGGGAUGGGGGCAAUCGGGUCUCUGGAGUCUCAGGAGCGACGGCCAAUGGAGUGGCACAUGGAGGCCGACCCGGAGGACAAGGAUGUCCCAAGCCGGCGGGACAAGCCGGAGGGACGUCAGCCCAAGUGGCACAAGCCCGACCAAAAGGGCGGCCAAAAGGGCGGCCAAAAAGGAAAGGGCAGGAAUCCCCUCUUCGGCCCAGCCUCACGAUCCAACAACUCCUGGAGAAACAACGGCAACCCUCAGGCGUCAUCGGGCAACCACUCGUGGCAGGCGGACGGGGACAAGACGGAGUUAUCGAGGGCGGAGCUCCAGGAGAUCAAGAAUGUCCUGAACAUGGUAUCCACCCUCGUGAUCCGCCAGGAGGUGCAGCAGAAUAUCCAGAGACAGGACACCGGGUUCAUGGUAUUUGUCCAGACUCAGGUGCCGGACAACCUGGCCCAGUCGAUGUUCCAGAUCGGCAAGACGUGGCACGACACCAAGCGGGACAAUCCCACUGCCCUGCGACAUCCCAUGCGGGUCACGUUGUACCAGCACUUUGUCCAGACAAUCAAGGAGCGUUUUCAGGCGAUGAUGCGGACACCCUCCUCACGAUCCAAGGCGGAGAGCCUGGGAUGGGUAUCCAGCUGCGGCCGGAAGGUCCACGGCCUCAAGUGGGACACAACGCAGCAGGCGCAUGUACAGGACGAGACCAUAGCGAGCCUAGAGGUCGUGGAGAUCGAGGAGGCAUUGGACGAACUCCUGACGUGUGCCCCCCAACAGCUUGUCAUCCAGCGGUUCCACGCCACUCGCCAACUGGCGGCGGAAUAUCAGUCACCGGUGAUCACCAUGUUCCUGGAGGUGGGGAUGAGGACCGACGCUGCCCAGUCAACGUGGCGGAUGCUACACCUAUUGGAGCGAUCAGCGGUUUGGGCCUCUGGAGGAUGUUUCCUGAGGCACGAGCGACUACAGAUGAGUGCUUUGGCAAAACGCCUCUCCACAUACAUUGACACAGUGAAGUGUGUCCGACUGGGGAAUAAGCAUUGCUUCUGUUAUGCGAAUGCGCUGAUGAUGAGCCUGCUCUGUAUUGACUGCAGCAUGGAGGGACCAUCUCUCUUCAGUGGGGUUGCUGCACGAGUGGUUGACGCCAUCCUUCAAUCUGCGGGACAAAUUUUCCACCUCUGGGAGCAAGGGGAGUGGAUUUCCAUGAUGGAAUGGUGGGUCCAACCUACUCGUCAACAUGAUGUGGCGGAGUUCCUCGCCUUUCUGACCAAGUGCCCGUACAUCAAUUUUGAUAAAGUAGCACUAUCCUGGCAAGCCAGGUCUGCGGCUGUAGCGGGUGAUUACCUUAUCCAGGAUCUUGGAUACUCUGUUCCCUUAACUCUUGUUCCUCCUUGUGAUGUUGGUCUGGAUAAUGGGGAUACCUAUACGGUUCAGGAUCUUGUGCAAGCGUGGCACAAUCAAGAUGAGGUUUUUGCUGCUUGGCCGCCUCCUUCUGCAAUCAUUUUGCAGCUUAGCCGUUAG